AUGGCCGCGCUGCUGGCCAAAUCGCUCCCCAAGGCCCGCCACCUGCCCACAUCACGCCCGCGAUGCAUAGCCAGCUCUAGCCACGCCAAGGCGCAGGUGCAGAGCAUCUCGCGCUCUGCCACCACAACCACCCCGCCGCCGCCGCUUCCAUCAUCUACUCUGCCCGCGCCGGAUCUCGUCGCCCGCGGCGCGCUGGUCCGACGGGCCGGCCGGCUCUCCCCGACGUACUUCAAGGUGUCCGGCCAGACGUGGAUGCCGCUGGACGGCGGCCAAGAACCUGUCGAUCCGAACAAGGCCAAGCUUGGAAAGACCCUCCGCAUCCUCCAAGACCGCAUGCCUACGCUCCUACAAUCCCCCCUCCCGCAGGAGAUCCUCGCGCCAACAAUCACACUCCAGCUCUUCCCCUCGACGCACCCGCACCUCCCGACCGUAUCCGGCCGCGUGGCCUACACGGCCGCCCUUUGGAGCUCGCCCAUUGCCUGGAACCGCGUGCCCCUCGUCGGCAAUGUACGCCUGGAAAUCCUCGCCGAGCGCAUGACCGCCGAGCCCCUCACAUUUCUCCCCCGACGCCCCGGCGCCGCCCCCGACCAGCUCGUCGUACGCUGGCGCGAGAUGCCUGGCGGCAUUGCCCGCUCCCUCCGCCUCACGCGCGGCGGCGACCCGGAAAAGGCGUUUACGGGCUUGUUCAUCUUCGACUUUGAUCACGAGGGCCGCGUCCUCACGCACACCAUUGAGACGACGCAGGCGGGCGGGGACUGGGAGCGCGGCGUGGGCGCCAAGUUUGUCGGGCUCACAGAUUGGUUGCUUGGGGGCAUUCAGCGCGAGCCGGGAGGCACACCGCCGAUGCCCAUGUUUGAACGGCGGACACGGACAUGA